AUGAAUUCCGCAACUAAGGCAACGGGACACAGGCCCGGGGACCAACAUAGAUCCUAUUCAGCAAACGUGAACGCCGCAAACCCCUUUGAAAUACCUCAGCAGCAUACAAACGAGUAUACGGCGCAGGAGAUUGCAACAUUACAAAGUCGACUAGACAAACGCUUAGGUCCGGAAUACAUAUCUUCGCGGGCAGGCCCUGGGGGAAAACGAGUACAUUAUUUGUCGGCUGAUAAAUGCAUAAAUCUUGCCAACGAGGUUUUUGGCUUUAAUGGAUGGUCAAGUGCGAUUCAAAAUAUUCAGAUUGACUUUGUUGAUGAGCAUCCCAAGUCUGGCAAAGUUUCGCUUGGGCUGUCAGUAAUUGUAAGGGUGACGUUGAGAAAUGGGUCAUACCAUGAAGAUAUCGGAUAUGGACAGAUCGACAACUGCACAGGAAAAGCUGCAGCAUUUGAAAAGGCCAAGAAAGAAGGCACAACAGAUGCUUUGAAACGUGCCCUGAGGACAUUUGGUAACGUCCUUGGUAACUGCAUUUAUGAUAAAGAUUACUUAUCGAAAGUGACCAAGGUCAAGGCGGUUCCGACCAAAUGGGACGUUGACAGUCUACAUCGCCAUAGGGAUUUUGCGCCUCUAAAGAAAGACCCGGUUAUUGCUCCAGUUGCUGUCAGAAGCGAGCCUCAUGCAGAGGCCCGCAAUGUUAGUUCGAGAAUACCCGACAUCCCCACAAAAUUAUUAGAUGAUCCCCUUUCUAUGGAUCUUGAAAAUGAUUUCGGCAGCGAUGCAUUCGACGAGGCAGAUUUUGGAGAGCGUCAUCUCAGUCAUCCAGAUGAAGUUAUCUUGGAUGAUGAGCCACCCCCACAAAUCCAACACCACAGACACAAUCAUCCCCCAGCUGGACCAAACGUUCAAAGCAGUACUGGAAACUAUGCGGUCUCGAAUUGUAUGAUUACACCGUCUAAACCACCACAAAGUAUAGUUCAGUCCGAUACCGCCCUUCCAGCCCCCGCAGAUUGUAUAACUCGACAAAACGUUCCUCAGACAAACCAAUACACGACACCUAAACCUCAGCCUCCCACGCGACCACAACAACCUGCACAUGAUUCGAAAUUCCUUGUGGGGAAAUCUACACAUUCGAGCCGUAACUUACCUCCCCCUCUGCCGUGCGAUCAGUUGAAGACGAAAGGCGAAACAAACAUAGAGAGUAAAGGAAACCAUUCACCGUUGAAACCUCCGUCGCCUUUCGGCUCACAGAUUGGACAGGAUAGCCCCAGUGUCGAGCCCGGUGUCUGGUAUUCGGCUCGUGCCGCGAGUGUCACUGAACCAGGAAAACCAGCGCCCGCAUUCGACCCUAAAUUUGCAAGUCCAUCCAUUCGGAAAACUCUUACUAUUGACCACGGGAAAUCAGCACCUGUGUCCCGAAAGACGUUUCAGAAUGUGCCACCUCAAAUGUCUAGCCAAACACCACACAAAGCAGGCAUGAACAUCCCCCCUGCAAGCCAGUCAUCAACCCCUAUCCCUCCUCGCACCAUCGUGGACGUGACCAAGAGGCCAGGGGCGGGAAAUUUCGGAAGCCCCGCUCGCGCACCAAUGACUUCGUCAUAUCGGCCGCCAACACGAAGAAGCAUGACGGCUGCAGCCAACAAUAGUAGUGCAAGCGAUUUUCCUCAUGGCAACUCUAACCAACCUCUACCGACAGCUCAGAACCUAAACGGGAAGAGACCACUUCUGUCAGAUAUAAUGAACCACGAAUCUAUCUCCAACGAUAACGAAGCCGCGAAGAAGCCCAAAGCCAACGACAACACUACUGGCUCUGCUGCCGCUGAGAAUAAUCAGUAGUAGGGACAAGGACUAGGAAUACCAUGGAAAUACAUUUUACUAUAACAUUGCUCCUUCUAGACCGGAUUUUUUUCUUUUUGUUUUUGGAGAAACUUUUCUGCCCUUAUCAUAGAUUAAAGCCGGGCUUGAUGUCUGAUGGAUGGUUUUGCUUGGUCAUGUUUUUUAAGAUGCAGCUGUACUUGCAUUUUUCUACUAGAGGGACCGGUUGGACGGUGUUAACCAGUGGCCGGAUGCAAGCGGACAUGACAAAUCUAUUCAUCAAUAUUGAAGUGGGAAAUGUAUUGCAUAUGGAAUGCCAGUGAACAUUCCGGAUUUUCGAGCCAACAAACCGUUGGAUGUCUCGAUGCCGUACGACUCGGUGUACUCCA